AUGUUUUUUGAGCUCCCAUAUUGGUCGAAACUCAAACUGAGGCACAAUCUAGAUGUGAUGCAUGUUGAGAAAAAUGUAUUCGAUACAUUGGUUGGCACGAUUCUAGAUAUCAAGGGCAAGACAAGGGACACGAUCAAAGCUCGUCUUGAUUUGGAAAGAAUGGGUAUACGAAGGGGUUUAUGGUUGAAUAGGGACAAUGAUAAAGCUAGAAGGGAUCUUGCAUUCUUUUAUAUGAAACCAAAUGACAAGAAAGAGUUUCUAAAGUUUGUAUCGUCUGUAAAGUUUCCUGAUGGGUAUGCUUCUAAUAUCGCACGGUGCGUGAAGGUUGACGGGGGUAAAUUUACUGGACUUAAGAGCCAUGACUGCCAUGUGUUUACUUCCUGUGGGUAUUCGACACCUAUUGUUGGAAGAUGUAGUGAAGUCAAUCAUGUUGUUGUCCAGAUUUUUUUCCCAACUGACGGUAAAAAUAUUGCGAAAGACGGACAUGUUUCAGUUGCGCCAUGA